AUGGACUAUAUCUCCCGCGCCAUGGAUUAUGUCUCCCUGGACACCGUCGACAAGGUUCCUAGAUCAGUGCUGGCGACUUUUGCUGGCAUUGGCACCUUGUGGUUGAGUUUCAAGGUCAUCAGCUAUGUGAGAUUGUUGUUGAGCUUGUUUGUCUUCAGUGGAAAGAGUCUUCGUAGCUACGGCAAGAAAGGUACCUGGGCAGUUGUCACUGGCGCCUCGGAUGGCAUCGGAAAAGAAUAUGCUAUUCAACUUGCGCAGAAGGGUUUCAACCUCGUCCUGAUAUCUCGCACUGCUUCCAAACUCGAUACACUGUCCACCGAAAUCACUCAAAAAUAUGCUGGCUCCCAGAUUGCAGUCAAGACACUUGCCAUGGACUUCUCUUUGAACAAAGAUGAGGACUAUGCUAAGCUGAGGGCGCUGAUUGAUUCCCUCGAUGUUGGAAUCUUGGUCAAUAAUGUUGGACAGAGUCACAGCAUACCAGUCCCCUUUGUGCUCACACCUAAGGACGAAAUGAAAGCUAUCAUCGAGAUCAACUGUGUAGCCACUUUGAGAGUUACACAAAUCGUUGUGCCUGGCAUGAUACAGCGCAAGCGUGGUCUGAUUCUUACCAUGGGCUCUUUUGGUGGACUUCUUCCCACGCCUCUUCUCGCAACCUAUUCCGGCUCCAAAGCUUUCCUACAACAGUGGUCUACUGCACUCGGCGCCGAGUUGGCUGGCUCUGGUGUGGACGUUGAAUUGGUUCUCAGUUACCUGGUCACCACUGCUAUGUCAAAGAUCCGCAAGACCAGCGCAUUCAUCCCAAGUCCAAGAAUGUUCGUUAAGAGUGUUUUGAGCAAGGUUGGCCGCAGGGGAGGUGCACAGAACAUGGCAUAUACCAGUACGCCAUUCUGGGGUCAUGCGAUUAUGCAGUGGUGGUUGGAGAAUACAGUUGGCUUGGGAGGUCAGAAAGUGGUGGUGCAAAACAGAAAGAUGCACGAGAGCAUCAGGAGGAGGGCUCUGAAAAAAGCAGAGAGGGAUGCUAAGAGGGCAUGA